AUCUAAAACUACCACAAGCACGGUAUGAACAUCUUGUUAAACGUUUAUGUAGCCCGUAAAAAUAAUGAGCUAGCAGUAUAUAAGGAAGUACUCGUAGCAACGACCAAGCCAGUAGACACAACGCUUCGCUGGAAACAACUGGAAGCAGCAUGCAGCCGCAGGUUAUCACGGCACUUGUCGCCUUGCUGCUGUGCGUGGCCUCCACUUCUGGUACAGCCAGAAGGCCGUAUGGAGUGCCUCAUCAACGUCAGUACACGCUUUACGACUACUAUGAUGACUUAGGAGUGAACAGGCACGGGAUUAAUUGCGUCUACAAAAUCCUGCCUGGCGACCCGCAGCGGUACCACUGCUGCCCGAUAUAUCCUGACGGCUCGCGCGCCGCGCCGCGGUCUAUAUCGCCGGAGGGAUGCAGCGUGAUGACCUUCCCCGAAGACUUCCCGCCCGACCACCACUGCUGCCCGGAGACCGACGAGGUCAGCAGCCGUCAGCUCGGAGUCCUCGAGGCCCUGGCCAGAGGAUGACUUAACGGGAGGGGCUAUCGCACGAAGAAAAGUCGCAGAUGCAAAAAAAAAAAAUGAAACUGGUCAGAUAUUGGCUUUGGAAUAUUAUUUACAAAUUACAGGUGUCAAAUACAGAACCUUAGCAGCUCCAUGCAACUUUUUGAUGAGAUAAAAGUUUAACAUAUGAAAAUAAACAUUUAAUCAAACAUAAAUAUACACUGAUCAAUAAAAUUGGUCUCGGGAUGGGCUAUCGCCCCCACCGCCCCAAUUCUGGAAACCGCGCUUGUUCAGCCAGUGCCAGCGCGGCCAAUCGCCUGGCGCCCUUCUCAGGCGUGCUCCAUCCGGAUUGGCUCGCGGCCAGAUCCUUUCCGCUUCCCUCCCUCCCCAACCCUUUCUAACCCGCACAAGUGUAACGCUGGCGACUGUAACAUCAACGCACAUUCUUCAACGACACAUAACCAGAGACGGAUCUCCCGGUCACACUUUGACUAUCGCGUCUGCCCCUCAUCCACAAUGCACGCGGAGACGUAAAAAAAGGUUGCAACCAAAGAUGGUUGCAUUUCAAGCUUAAAAAAAAAAUACCAAACGAAUUAAAAAAAAAAAUAUUUUGAUAAGAGAUAAUAGCGUGGUCUGAAUUGCCAAUUAUAAUAGAAAAACACGACAAAGUUAUGAUAUGAACACCAAGGUAUUCUUGUACUUGUUAACAUUUUUUAAAGUGUUUAUAACAUAAACCAACAUGGCUACCAAGCAGUCGGCUACAGUUGGUCGUAGGGAACAACGCAAACGGAAGAGUUCAGCAUUGCCCCGCUAAUCCGUAGGCCCGUCUCCGACUGUAGAAACUCCGUUUCAAAUGAUCCGUUUACGGUUACGUCUCAUUCCACAACGAGGCAAACUGGGAUACAAGUUAUAUGAACUGCAUUUCUUGUCACUUCCUAACGAUAACUAACCUAUUUCCUUUAAAUAUAUAUUUUUUUUCAACUGACAACAAUGUUUGUUUAUAUUACUAUUCAAUUAAUUUAUUCAUAGUGCCAGGCAGUUCAUUAUCAUGUAUGUCAUAACUGUGAGUCAGACAUAUGUAUAGAGUCUAUUUGUUUAUUGUCGUUUAUUAAAAAUAAAAAUAUACAUGUAUAUUCUUAGUGUUAUAAUGUUAAAAUGGUUCAGGUAUAUUUUUUUUAAUGUAUCUAUUUGACUGUAACUGUUUCUUUGAAAAAAACACUUAAAUAAAAA